AUGACUUGGAUCACCACAACUCUUCGUACCUUGCUCGGACUCACCACCGUUCAAAGCACAAGCUUCUUUUUGGGUCCUCUCAAAUGUAAAGUCCAUCAGUGGGUGUUUUUCAAUGCUUGUGCGGUGGCUAACCUGACGUUUUUGUGUGGUUUGGCCAUGAACUCUCCUUUGGUGAUGAAUAUAUUGAAUUUGCAAGCCUCAAGAAUUGGCAUUCAUGCUGCUCUUCCUGGAAUGAUGUAUUAUGGAGGAUUGGGAUUGAUUGUGUUUCCAUGGAGACUCGAUUUCAGUUUAAUUCCUCAAUUCUCUCAUACGAUCAUGACUUUAAACGUUGCAAGAGAAUUGAACGAGACUCUUUCGACUGGUGAUUAUCAAAAUGGUUUUCUUGGUCUCGCGUUAGGCUUAUUGUUCUGGUUGCCAUUCAUUUGCUGGCAAAACAAAUACUUUUAUACACAUCCCGAAGAGGCAGAGAGCAUCUUGUUUCAACCUGAGAAGAGAAUGAAAGAAUUACAAGAAAAGAAAAAUUAA